AUGCCCAAGAGGAAGGUCAACUCCACAGAGGGGGUGGUGAAUGGGGAGCCCAGGAGGAGAUCAGCAAGGUUGUCAGCUAAGCCUGCUCCUGAAAAAGUGGGAAUGAAGCCAGAAAGACAGCAGGAAAGGAUAUAUCUUCAGACAAAAAAGUGCACACAAAAGAGAAAAAGGGGAGCAAAGAGAAAAAAGGCCAAAGUGGCUAAGCAAGAAAAUAAAGACUUACCUGGAGAAAAUGGAGAAACUAAAAAUGAGGCGAGUCUAGCCUCUGAUGAAGCAGGAGUAAAAAAGCCAAGUCUGAUUAAUAUCAUCUACCUUGUCUUAUCAGUGGCCCUUGUCUCCCUUCUUGCAUGA